AUGAGAUAUAACAUUCCCUGGCGUAUCAAAAGCGAAAUUACACUGAUAUUUAUCUGUUCUGUGAACUGGAAAACGAACCGCCGGCUGGUCGAUGCGGAUUACGAAAUGAAAUUCGUGGGAAAACGAACGAAGAGUUCCGGAGUUAAAGCAUCAUUUCGGUUCGAUGCAGGUCAAAACUUUGUAUGGUUCAUGACCGAUUGGAAUCAAUAUAAAAGAUACGUUAUCAAUAAGAAGCUGAAAGUCGAGUUUCGUGUCAAAAUCAAUAAAAACGAAGGAUUAGACCAUUCAAUAGCGUCUCAGGACAAUUCUGCAGUCUUGGUUGUCGGAAAGAAACAAUUCAAAGUUGAUAAAAAGCUCCUUGCCGAUAACUGCACUUAUUUCAACACUCUAUUCUUCAAAAGUUCCGAUGACUGGGGAAAAUCAGAAAUCGAAGUUGAGGAUUUUCUCGAGCUGUCUGCCAAGUUCGGAUCCAAUUCGAUGUUGACCAAAUGCGAUGAGUUUCUGAUGGAGAAAUCCGAAAAAUCGAUGAAACUCAAAUUCAAUCUUGCCAUCGAGCACAAAUUGAAUAAGCUCAAGAAAAAGUGCAUGUCUGAUAUCAAAACGAAGAAAGAUUUGGAAGGCCAUUUCUAUUAA